AUGGCGACCACUCUGAAGAAUCCCUCAGGCGCAUUCGCUGCGGACGAGAACAACGGAUCCGACCCUUUCCUUACAACUACACAAGAUACGCAGAGGCAGCGUUAUUCCGCUUUCGAUGCUUCCCAAUUCUCUCUCUACCUGGACGGGUCUCCCGAGCAGGCCAGGCGCGCAUUGCAAGCCCACCUUUCGGAAACCACACGCAGGCUGCAGGAAACGUCCCAGCUCGGCAAUGCUCUCGUGCAGCAACGAAAGGAGUUGGAGGAGAGACUGAAGGAAGUGGAGAAACAGCAUGAAGACAACGAUAUCGGUCCAGAGCUGCGCCAGAGGCUCGCCGAGCUCGAAAAGGAGUUCCACGAGGUUGGUCGGGAAACUGCGAGAACCUUUCUCCCCAAGUCCCGUGUCUCAAGUGGGGAGGCACCAGACAGCACAGUUGGUGCUUCUGUGUACUCCAGUGAGGCUCAACAUUCUCCCACCAAAGUCAGCGUUCCUUCGCGGAAACAGAGAAACCAGCAGCCAAGCCGCGUGAACGACAUCGCCCUUGCCACCGAAAUAUCUACCUCGUUGCUCUCUCAGCUGAGAGAUCUACAGGCUGUGCUCCUCGAGAAAGAAGAGGCGCUUAAGGCUGUUGAUCUAGACAGAUCGCAGCUAGAGGUUGAAGUGGAGGGUCUCUCCCAGAGACUGCGGACUUUAGACGAAAGUGAAUCACGGCUAAAAGACGUCAAUUGGAAUCUGGAAACCCAAGUCCGAGAAUUCGAGGCCCAGAGCAAGGCGUCCGCUGACAAGGAGCAUCGUUUGAACCAUACUCUGAACCAAGCCAGGACUGAGAAAGCUGCUCUGGAACGUGAAGUAGAGGAAGUGAAACAACUCUAUGCCAAAUUACAGAAUGAUCAUGUAUUCUCUGCCAAACACCAUGAGACAGAACUGUCUGGUCUUCGACGAAACGUCAGUAUGGGAGAGACCGAACGAGGUGCCCUUCAACGUAAAUUAGAAGAACUCGCCACUCAGAAUCAAGACCUGGCAAGAGCAGUAGCAUAUCGUGUGAGGAACGAAGAUCUGUCAACAGCUGAUGAAGGGUCUGCGGAUGACGGUGCCGAGGAAGGUGACACAAUUACUCCAGAACAUUCUCCACCCCCUUCACCAAGCAAGGCUACCCCGCGACAUGGACAGCUGGAGUCCGAGACCUUGAAGCAUUCGCUUCACCAUGCUCAUCGUAUGAUCCAGCAGCUGAAGAACAACAUCCAUCGUGAAAAGACAGAGAAGAUAGAAUUGAAACGUAUGCUUCAGGAUGCUCGAGAUGAGCUGGAAACUAACCGCAGCGCACUCAACGGUCCAGGAAGUGCCAGCAAACGUCGCAAGAACGAUAAAGACGUAUUCAAGAAGCCUGCGCGACCAGACCGUCUCGGAGCUCUGCGUACCGAUAGCCAUGAAGUCAUCGAUGAUGAGGAGUGGGAAGAGCAUGAUGGGCAUCAACAGACUCCUAGCCGCAAACCAAGGGGCGCCGAGCCCGUCCCAGGAGCAUUCCCAAGUGGCUUCAGCUCUGCCGCCGAAUCUGGCACAGAUGCAUUCGAGACCGCCAAUGAAACCUCGGAUGCUUUCGAGACUGCCAACGAACGCGAUGGAACCACGACAGAAACCGAUGCUUUCCAGACGGGAGCGGAGACGCUUGACGGCGACAGCUCAGACGAUCUCACCGAGACUGAAGCUGGACCGUCAGGUACUGUUCGCAUCAGGAGGCCCACCACUAUUGGCAGGGUCGGUCGACAGAAUUCAAUUCAAAGCACUGCCUCGACAUCUGCCGACGAAGAGGACCUAAGCUACAAAACGCCGAGCCAAUCUCAGCAGCAACGUUACAAGAUGAAGUUCCGACAACCUGCUGGCCGUAAAUUAGGUACUCCUCGAUCGAGCCAGGACCUCUUCGCAGACACCCCUCCAGGCUUGAAGGACUCGCCCGCCAGUUUCAUCAGCGACAGCAGAAACAGCACUCCAGCCCAGGGCAAGAGCCUGUUUGCUGAACUCGGCAACCUUAGUGGGGAGAGUGAGGAUGGAAGCGUUGCUGAUGGUACCCCAAGUCGAUCUCUGUUGCUAUCUCCUGAGUCUUCGCCCGAUACUUCACGCAGAUCUGUAAGGAGCCGAUCGCCUCUUACAUCCGAUUCAUCGUCAACCAGAAUUGAAAUGGUUGACUCGGGACAUACGCAGCCACAGUCUCCAGUGCCCCAAUCUUUGGGAGUGUCUCAAUUCUCCUCGCAAGAUACCGUCCCCGUAUCUCCUCCACGUCCCACACUGCAGAUCUCGUCAUUCUCUACCAAUGAUACUGUACCUGUCAUUCCGGAGCAAGCUAUGCUUGAGAUCUCAUCGUUCUCUGCGCAGGACACAACGCCUGAUAUUCCCACGCCGCCCACCCUAGCGAAGUCUUCGUUGACCGCGCAGGGUACUUCACCCGUGGCACCACACCGACCACUCCACUUGUCCCAAGUUUCAACGCAGGACACGGAGCCUAAGGACGCUGAUCGACCUCUUCAUCUAUCACAGCUGUCAUCACAAGACACUGCCCCUGUGUUCCCUGUACCUCCGUCAUUGAAGGUUUCCACGCUCUCGUCACAGGGCACUGAUCCGCUUUCACCGGUCGUUGAGACGAUUGUUCCCCCGUCCUUGAACGUCUCAACGAUCUCUCACCAGGGAACCGACCCAGUCGAGCCAACAGUGCCAGCUCUACCAUCAAAUACGCUGCUGUCUUCAGUUGCUGCUCAAGGUACGGAGCCUUUGGAAGCUACAACAUCCAAUGCAAAUGUUGCGGCAGCGAUCCAUCAUGACCGAUCCAUCGAUUCCACAGAAAUAAUCGAAGAGCAACGCGGGGUUCCUCUGCAGUUAUCUUCGCUUUCAUCACAGGCGUCCCUGCCUCAUGAGCCAUCGCGACCGUCCCUUUCGAGAUCUGCAAUAUCGUCCUCAUACGCUACAGAUCCCUCCGAGGCUGUGCCGCGUCCUCAACUCUCGAAGUCUACUGUCACUUCCUCGUACGAUAGCGAGCCAUUUGAUGCACCCAAGCCUGCUGCACCUCAACUCUCUGUUAUUUCUCACCAGGCAACUGAGCCUGUUGAGGCUGCUCUCCCACCUCAAUCUCAACUUUCAGUGCACUCAACUUUGUUCACUGAGCCAAUUGAGGCUGCUAAGCCGCCCAAAAACCAACUAGCAGCUGUCUCCAGCCUGUACACAGAGCCGAUCGAAGUCGCAAGGCCGGCUCACCCCAAGCUAUCUGCACUUUCCAGCCAGUUCACGGAGCCAGUUGAACCUCCCAAACCCGCACCUUCGCGUAUUUCGAUCCAGACGUCACAGGCCACCAGGCCCGUUGAACCACCAAGACGCCCGCUUCCUCAAUUCUCUGCGCUUUCGGUGCAGCAAACCAUACCUAUCCAACAGCCACAAGUACAAAACAGGUUUUCGAACGUGAUGGUUCUUCAAAAUACCCAGCCUGAAUCGCCUACUCUUCCUGCCUUCCUUCCCAGCCCAAGCAGGCCAUCGACGGCGAACCGAGACGUGCCACAUGGCCUGUCGUACUCAAAUGUCCAUGCACAAGAAACAACACCUGAAACGCAGUCCAGGCCGACCACUGCACACCGAUCCGUUCCUCCAGUACUAGCUGCCUUCAAUGCUGGGCAGUCUGCUUCUGAAUCGAGUGGGUAUUUCGGUUCUGUGCCUUCGGUACCCGAGAACACGGCAAACGAGGCUCGUGGCACCCGAGCACCACUCAGUCCGAUAUCUGCCAAUGCUACUUCGCAAGACCGCGAUACUUCCUCUACUAAACCUCACCUGUCCGUGGCUGACGAAGGUACUCAAACCAUGGUAUCCGCAGAACAGAUGGAGAAAUUGUUCGCUCUUAGAGUGAGCCAACGGAAUUCUACCAUCGCUGGAGCGGCAAUUGAAAGGACAAUGUCCCCGCCGGCCUCUCCAAGACGCAACUCCAACGAACAAAGAGUUCCCAGACGCCCUGGAAGCUCAUCCAGCAUACGCUCUCGCAUCGGCGACGCACCGCCUUUGCCAGCUGAUCACAGGGAAGUCAUUGCCGCUGCAGCCCUUAAAGUACCUUCAAGAGCAGUGACACCGCCAACAUCUUCCGGAAGCAUGGGCCCGCCAGGAAUGCCUGCGUCCGCGUAUAAGAAACGUCCGCAGACACCUACGCUGAAGACGAAUUUACCUGCUACCCCCAAGACGGGCGGUACGACACCUCGUCCUCGUUAUGCAACUCAGCGUGGAGACACUGGCAGAAGCGGCGCUUCGUCUCCUGCAAUAACACAUCGCUCAUCCAUGUCGUCCUUCACUUCAGAAGUCGAACAGAGGUUCCAACCGCACGCGAACCCAUUAGCUACAAGUGCAUUCGACCCUCAGACUACAGACCCGCGAAUGAUCCAAGCUAUCACACAGACCAUGAUUGGAGAAUUCCUCUGGAAAUACACCCGGAAGGCUGGCAGUGGCAACAUGUCCGAAAAGCGCCACCGUCGUUUCUUCUGGGUUCAUCCUUACACUCGCACCCUGUACUGGAGCGAGCAGGAUCCAGCCAGUGCUGGAAGAGCUCAAUUGAAAGCCAAGAGCGUGGCGAUAAUGGCGGUCGAAGUCGUCACAGAUGACAAUCCCUAUCCCCCGGGUCUACACCGCAAGAGUCUUGUUGUGCACACCCCUGGUCGCAGCAUCCAGUUCACCGCCACAACCAGCCAGCGUCAUGAGACUUGGUUCAAUGCACUCUCUUAUCUUCUGAUGAGAGUAGAUGAGGGACAAAACGAGCAACAUGCGGGUACUGAUGAAAUUCAAAAUGAGUUCAACCCUACCUUCCGAAGUAUGUCUCGCCAAACUGGUCGGUCAAAAGCAUCCAUGUCCUCGCAUUACAGCAGACGCCCUACAUCGCCACACCAUGCACAGAUACCUACACUUCGUCCUGCGUCCGCAUCGCAGCAACGAGCUGCAUCGACCGAACCAGGCCAAGAACGCCCGUCUGGACGUCUGAGCAGCCUGAGUGGAAAAUUCCGAGAUUCAUUCUCAAGCCGAAGGAGCAGGACUAACGGCGUUGCCACAUAUGAACAGCCUGAGCGUGACUCUAGGCUAGAUAUGGCCGAGCAAAUGGCCGAGCAGAGCAUGCAGGAAGAUCAGUUGAUCAAUGUUAGAGCCUGCUGUGAUGGCAAGCAUGAUGUCGGCCACCUCCACACGCUAAAGGCUCGCCACAGUUCUUUCACACGCGCUUCGCUGACUGCGUCCAUGAACUCUCGGUCACAAUCACGAACCAGCACUCGACAAGAUCAUCAUGGCGAGGCUUGA